AUCACACAAACCACUUUUCAUCUCUCUCCUCUUUCUCUCUCUACUUUCCUAGAAAAUCACUUCAAAUUUUUCUUCAUAUAUUUUCCCAAGAAAAUUCAAUGGGAAAGCUUAGCCUUUUCAACUGCUGCAAUGGUUUUCUUGAGAAUUCUAAACCCUAUUUUGCUAUGAUAUCUUUGCAAUUUGGAUAUGCUGGCAUGAACAUCAUUUCCAAAGUCUCUCUUAGUAGAGGGAUGAGUCAUUACGUCCUCGUCGUUUAUCGACAUGUUUUUGCUACCGCUUCUAUUGCCCCCUUCGUUCUCUUCUUCGAACGGAGAGGACAGCCAAGAAUAACAUUCAAAAUUUUCAUACAAAUAUUUAUGUUGGCUUUGCUUGGCCCGGUGGUCGAUCAGAAUUUCUACUAUGCUGGACUAAAGUAUACUUCACCAACUUUCUCUUGUGCCAUGAGCAACAUACUGCCUGCAAUGACGUUUGUGAUGGCUGUGAUCUUUAGGAUGGAAAAAUUGGAUAUGAAGAAAUUGAGAUGCCAAGCAAAAGUAUUGGGAACUUUGGUGACAGUGGGUGGAGCAAUGCUAAUGACUUUAUACAAAGGUCCACCUCUUCAAAUGCCUUGGACUAAACAUAAUUCUCAUCUCACGAAUUCUAAUGAGUCCUCCAACGACAAAGAUUGGUUCAAAGGCUCCAUUUUCCUCAUCAUUGCCACUCUUGCUUGGUCUUCUCUCUUCGUCUUGCAGAAUCAGGCGUUGAAGACGUACGAAAACCAUCAAUUUACUCUCACUACUCUUAUGUGCUUUGUGGGAACUUUACAAGCUAUAGCUGUGACUUUAGUAGCUGAACACAAAGCUUCUGUUUGGAGAAUUGGUUGGGAUAUGAAUCUUCUUGCUGCUGCCUAUGCUGGAAUAGUGACAUCAAGUAUAUCAUACUAUGUACAAGGAUUAGUGAUGAAAAAGAAAGGACCUGUAUUUGCAACUGCAUUUAGCCCUUUGAUGAUGAUAAUCGUUGCCAUCAUGGGCUCUUUCAUCCUUGCUGAAAAGAUUUUUCUUGGAGGAAUAAUAGGAUCCAUCUUGAUAGUAUUUGGGUUAUACUCAGUGCUUUGGGGGAAACACAAAGAGAGUUUGGAGAACAAAUUAAGUGGUUCUGAUGAUAAUGAAAUACCAGAAGUGAUCAAGGCUUCCUCUAAUUCUCAACCAAAUACUAAUAAUAAUAACACUAAUAACACCAUUUUUAUUUCCAUGCCUACCCCUGAAAACCCCAUCAAACCCAACCAAAUGCCAUGACAAUAUUAUAAGCCAAAAGGGGGGUUUGGGAGGGGCUUUUUUGUCUUUUCAUAUUUCUCUCCCUCUCCUAUACUUAAUUAUGAUGUAAUUUCAACUUUUGGGUUUCCUAGUUUGUAUUAAUCAGUGACAAUAAUAUAUAUAUAUAUAUAGUUUAUACCAGUUCUUCCAA